CUGGAGGGCGCGUCUGCACUUGCUCCUGGUGGUAGGCGGGGCAUGAACACCACUGCCUCUCUGUGAUUGGCUGAGUAGCUGAGGGGCGGGGUUACGAGUUGACAAAACAAACGGGAGACGCGCUCCGGUAAACAGUCAUUGAGUUUCGCUUUGGAGCGUCUGACCUGCUUCGACUAAACAAACUCCCGAGAUUCGCGUCAGUUAUACAAGCGCUUCUUCAACUAUGGAUUUGGCGUGCGUGCUGUUUUUGCUUCUGAGCGUCGGGGCUUGGUUCUCCAGCGCCGAGAGGCACAGCGUCUUCUGGAACACCUCCAAUCCAAACUUCCUGUGGGACGACUACACGGUGGAAGUCCGCAUCAACGACUACCUGGACAUCAUCUGCCCGCACUACAGCCACGGCGAGGUUCCGCCGCAUUUAGCCGAGCGCUACGUGCUCUACAUGGUGGACAAGGACGACUACGACGUGUGCAAACCGCGCUCGUUCGACCAGCUCCGCUGGGAGUGCUCGCGACCCUUCGCCCCCCACGCCGCCGAGAAGUUCUCCGAGAAGUUCCAACGCUUCACCCCCUUCACCCUGGGCAAGGAGUUCAGUCAAGGAGAGAGCUAUUAUUACAUCUCCAAGCCGAUCCAUCAUCACGGCCAGGAUUGCCUGAGGCUCAAAGUGGACGUGGCCGGAAAGAAAGGCGCGGGAAAGACUCAGACGGGGAAGUCCAAGGCGGAGACGGAGAAGAUCUCGGACCCGUCGAAAGCCAAGUUUGUCUCUUCCGGCGGAAUUCACAACCUGUCCAAUCGUCUCCCAGCAGACGACCCAACGGCCAUGGAGCCCAACGUCCAGAGGAGCGUUGGAAAUUCAGGAACGCGGACCGUCUCCUUCUCGUUCUCCUUGACGCUCCUUCCCGUUUUGUUAGCGGCGAUGCUACACUGAGAAGAAAAAAAAAAACAUUGCAAAGCAGCCCAGUGCUGGUCACCGGGGUCAUGGACACUUUUUUUUUUUAUAACGAAUACAGAGCUUUUAUACAAAGACAAAGCUGUGAGUGUGUGUUGUGAAUGUGGAGUGUAGAUCACUCCGAAGAAAAUGACCUCCAUUUUGUUUUUUGUUUUUGUACUAUGAUGAGCAUGAAGCAGCAUUUUCCGUUCUGAGCAAUUUGUUAUUGAUGUUUUCAUACCACUCUGUAGGUACACGUCCAGUUCCUGCGUCAGCCGCUAAGUGCCGACCGACGCUGGUUAUUUCGGAUGUUUUGUUUUUGUGCCGUUAUUGUGUAGCACUCAUCUUCGCAAGCCUCAAGUCAGCAUACCACUUUUCACAUGUUAUUCAUUCAGGGACGACAUCAAACACAUUCAGUUCAAUACUCUGACCCUUUGUUUUUAUUAGAUGUUUUAAAUUGUCAUUUCAUUCCUCAUUCUCCAAUUUGUACCGCCCUGAAAGUAACUUCAAAUACCGCCGUGAUGAGCAACAUUAAAAUAACAGUAGUGUAGUAGGUCUAAGUGUUCUUGAAAAAAAUAAAUCUUGCAAGUCCUUGUAACAUGCACAAUUUGAACUGUGAAGAAAAAUGUGGGAAUUUUGAGAAGAAAAAAAACUGUUCUUGGGCAGGACCACUCUACUGGAACAUCCAAAAUGAACGAGAACAUUUUAAAAAUGGUCAAAUAAGUACAAUGUUGUUUAGUCAGUCUUGUCUUGGUACAUGCUUGCAGAUGCCCGAUACUUGCCCCCCCACCCUCCUGACUUGUCAAGCCUCAAACUGAAGGGACUUUUUGAAAACAUACACUGUACAGUCAUUUUCUACGUGUUUAUAUGUACAUUUGUACAUAGAAAAAACUAUUAAGAUAUUGUUUAAAGAUGUGAAAACUUAAUGGAAUAAACAAAAGUGUUGGAAUAAAAA